AUGGUAGUGAAAUUAGAGCUUAAGCUCCCAGGCACUGACGUUGGAAUGAGUAUAGCUUUUGGCCAUUUAGACGAAAAUUCAAAUGGGCCGAGCAGGGAAGUGCCAUCUUCUCCUCCAAAACCAAGUUCUGGAGCCAAGGUUAAAAUUGUGAAAAAUGAUCUGGAAGAAAGCGAAUGUGAAUGUGAAGAUUGCUCAGGAAGCUCAAAAGUUAAGGAAAAAGUUGUCAUUCAGAACGAAGAUGCCCAACAGUCUGUUGACAUGGUAACCAAAAUCUUCUCAUCUCUUAUGCAGUGUACAGCAUCCAAUAUUAAUGGAAACCAGUUCAACCAGAAUACGAAACCUAACAAAAAAACCAAAGGAUUAAAACAAAUUAAUGCUUCCGGAACUGAAAGAUAUAACUAUGAAAGCGAAGAUGAUUCCCUUGCAAAAGGUAUCCUCGGAAAAGGUUGCACAUCCGAUUUUUCCGUUUCCCAAUCCCUCUACCCAGAUGAUAUCCUGGUAUCUUAUGAGCCUAAAAAGAAAAAACCGUCCAAAUCAAAAAAAGCCCCUGCCGAAACUAAGUCUCCUCCCUUGAGCGAUAACACCCACCCAGUCACUAGAGACCUCAAAGAUGUGAGAAUUAUUCCUAUUAACAAAUCAACAAAUGCCAAAAUUCUACCCAACAGAAAGUUCAAAGAAAGUAAAUACGAUGUUUCCUGUAUAUCAGUCCCUACUUUAUGUAACAAAGCGAGACUCAUAAGCUGUUGUAACACAAGACUUGUUCCCCAAGUUCACAGAUGUAAUCUAAGUAGGCCAGAAGACGAAAAUCUGAUGAUUUCGGUCCCAUCCGCCAUUUACCCAGAUAAUAUCAUUCUUACAUUAAAGAACCCAAAACCAAAGAAAAACAAGAAAAAGUAA